AAUGAGAUCUACACUGAGCUCUACAUCACAGAGGGUUGGAGUGGAGACGUCAAUAAUGAACAUGAGGUGAGACAGAUUGAGGCAGCAUCCAGGAGACCAGCAACAGAGGAGAAACCCAUCAAAUGUAAUGAGAUCUUUAAAGACAAGUCCAUCAGAACUGUGCUGACUAAAGGAGUUGCUGGAAUUGGAAAAACAGUCUCUGUGCAGAAGUUCAUCCUGGACUGGGCUGAAGGAGAAGUAAAUCAGGACGUCAGCUUCAUGUUCCCACUUCCCUUUAGAGAGCUGAAUCUGAUGAAGCAGCAAAAUCUCAGUCUGAUGAAACUUCUUCAUCACUUUUUCCCAGAAAUAAGAGAACUAGAAUCAAUAGACUGUGACUCCUACAAAGUGGUGUUGAUCUUUGAUGGUCUGGAUGAGUGUCGACUUCCUCUAAAUUUCCAGAUGAAUGAGAUAUUGUGUGAUGUGACAGCAUCAGCCUCAGUGGAUGUGCUGCUGACGAACCUCAUCAAGGGGAAUCUGCUUCCCUCUGCUCUCCUCUGGAUAACCACAAGACCAGGAGCAGCCAAUCAGAUCCCUCCUGAGUGUGUAGACCAGGUAACAGAGGUACGAGGCUUCAGUGAUCCUCAGAAAGAGGAGUACUUCAGGAAGAGGAUCAGUGAUCAGAGCCUGGCCGAUAAAAUCAUCAGACACCUGAAGUCUUCAAGAAGCCUCUACAUCAUGUGUCACAUCCCAGUCUUCUGCUGGAUCUCAGCCACUGUUCUAGAGAGAAUGUUGGGUGGAGCAGAGGGUGGAGAGAUCCCCAAGACUCUGACUCAAAUGUACACACACUUCCUGAUCUUUCAGAUCAAACACAAGGACCAAAAGUACCAUCAGAAACGUGACCCUGAUCCUCAGCAGAUCAGAGAGAGUAUCAUGGCACUCGGAAAACUGGCUUUCCAGCAGCUGGAGAAAGGAAACCUGAUCUUCUAUGAGGAAGACCUGAGAGAGUGUGGCAUUGAUGUCAGAGAAGUGUCAGUGUACUCAGGAGUGUGUACCCAGAUCUUCAGAGAGGAGUUUGGGCUUCACCUGGGGAAGGUGUUCAGCUUCGUACAUCUGAGUGUUCAGGAGUUUCUGGCUGCUUUAUAUGUAUUUUUCUGCUAUCUCCUCAGGAAGUCAAACCUCUCUGAUCUCCUCAGGAAGUCAAACAUGUCUGAUCUCCUCAGGAAGUCAACCAUGUCUGAUCUCCUCAGGAGCUCAGUGGACAAGGCCUUACAGAGUGAGAAUGGACACCUGGACCUGUUCCUCCGCUUCCUUCUGGGUCUCUCACUGGAGACCAAUCAAACUCUGUUACGAGACUUAAUGCCACAGACAGGAAGCAGAUCUCACAGCAAACAGGAAACAGUGGAGUACAUCAAGGAGAAGAUCAGGAAGAAUCGAUCUCCAGAGAAAUCCAUCAAUCUGUUCCACUGUCUGAAUGAACUGAAUGAUGAUUCUCUAGUGCAGGAAAUACAAACUUACCUGAACAGAGGAGGUGACAGACGUCUCAGUGACACCAGUCUCUCUCCUGCUCAGUGGUCAGCUCUGGUGUUUGUGUUACUGACCUCAGAACAGGAGCUUGAUGAGUUUGAUUUGAGUAAAUAUAAUCGAUCACAUGAAGGUCUUCUGAGGCUGUUGCCAGUGGUCAAAGCCUCCAGAGAAGCAGAUCUGUGUGACUGUAAUCUGACAGAGGAAAGCUGUAGAGUUCUGUCCUCAGACUGGCACUUAACUCUGUACAUCUGUGUACAUCAUGUCAUGUUCGACCACAGGGUUGCUGUGGAGCUGGAGUCCAUCCCAGGAACACUGGACAUGUGA